AUACGGAGUAUAUAAUAAGCCCAAAUCAGAUUCACCCCUUUCCGGUUUCACUACAUCUAAAUCAUACGAUAAUCAUGUGUUUUGUUGGCAAAAACUCAUAUUUUUAUUCCUCCUUCAUGGUUUUACUAUCUUGUGCUAUAAUAGCAAUGCAGCUAGGAGCUGUAAGUGCUGGCCACCGAAAGGUUGUGAGGAUUCUUGAUUUGAUCCCACAAAAUAACAAUGUGCAGCCUUAUGCAGGAGAAGUAUUCGCGCAUUGCAAAUCUAAAAACAACGAUUUAGGGGUGUGGAAUAUGACCCAAAAUACUGAGAAGGAAAUCCACUUCCGCCCCAAUAUUUGGAAGACUACUCUUUUCUGGUGUGACUUUCGUUGGGGCACAAAGGCUCAGGGUAUCAUCGUAUACGAUGCCAAUGAUGUUUCAUGCAACGGGGAAAGGUACUGCAAUUGGAACGUGAAGACAGAUGGGUUUUACUUUGCCAAAGGGGAGUUUCCUAAAGAAGGUGAUUUUACAAAGAAGUCUGAUUGGAGAGGUGCUAGGAAACACCGUCAUAGCCACCACCGUGGGCGCGGGCAGCGCCACUAGAUGAAUGAAUGCAGCGGUAGCCUGGUAGUGUGCUAUUCUGCAAUGAAUAUAUACGGAGUAUAUAUACUAGUAUUGUCUAAUAAAUAAAUGAAAUGUGCUACCAAUGCAUAAUAAUACUAAAAGAAUGAUUGCAUCAUUAAAUGUGUCAAUAAAAGAGAUUUUGAGAUAAUAAGAUAUAUCUAUA